CAGAAAGAGAGAGAGAUAGAGAAGAAGAGAAUGAGAGUCCUGCUGCUCGUCUGUCUGCUUCUCAGAGGUGUGAGCUGUGAAACGGACUCAGUCUUCCUCUACAGGCCAAUCGGAGGUGAAGCUCUCCUGCAAUGUUUCAACCUGCUCACCACAAACUGCUCCCACAGCUCCUGGACCUUCUUCUUCAAAAGAGAUGGUGUGCGGUUAACCACGGAGGUCAGCAUGGGGAAGGUGAAGGAGGACUCGGAUAAGGCAGGCCGCAUGUCCGUCUUGUCCAACUGCUCCCUGGUCCUGCGUGACCUCAGGCCUGAAGAUGCCGGCUCCUACACCUGCCUGGAGGAUGAAAACGCCACGGCUAACAUCUACCUCUCCAUCCUCUCCAUCACCUCGUCCUCCACCAUCACUGAGCUGCAGCCCGGGGGGAACCUCAACCUGACCUGCAUGCUGUUCACAUACUUUGACGCAGGGAGCUGCAAGUCCUACUCCAGCACGUUCAGCCUCAGCUGGACGACCGGGGAGGGGACAGAGCUAUCUGUGGAAGACAGCAGGUUUAAGAUACUACAAACCAGCCACAACCGCUGCAGAGUCACUCUGAUGGUCACAAACCUCCAGAUUGAAGAUACCAGAAGGAAGUGGAGGUGUAAGGUGAACGACACACAGAGCCCUCAGGGGUUGUCCCUGGAUUUUAAAACCAAGUUUCUGUUUGGUGAUCCCUCCUCAGACCAGAAUGAGACAGAGGCAGCUGAUAGUUGGGAUCAGCUCCCCAUCAGCCGCAUCGUGCUCUGCGUGGCUCUGCCCCUCAUGGUGGUCAUCGUGGGGUUCUUCACGUGGAGAGGAGACCGGAAGAAGGCCGGAGCAUCUGCAGCUGGCAUCGAGCUCCAUGAGUUGAAAUGACUGCUGUGUGCUGUUUGUGUUCCUGUUUUAUUCCUGGCUUUAAAAAGGGUUUUACUGAGCCAUGGUCCCUGUUACAAGUCUCACAUCCCAGAUAUUAUA